AUCAACUUUCUGACCAGUCAAGCAGUCCUCUGAUAAAUUUAUCUAUAUUUCGAAGCCAUUUGAAAUUCAAAAUGUCUCCGCUCAUACUUUAUACGCACCCGGCGAGUCCGCCAGCAAGUUCGGUGAAAAUGCUCGGCAAACUGCUCGGACUGGAGUUUGAAGAACGCCAGGUCAACCUACUGGCGAUGGAGCACAAAUCAGAGGAAUUUCAAAAGAUAAAUCCCAUGGGAACAAUCCCGGUCCUUGUUGAUGGUGAUUUUGUUGUCUCUGAAAGUCACGCGAUUCUCAAGUAUCUAUUGGAGUCGUACGCGACCGCUGAUCAGCGAGAGAGGCUGUACCCGAGUGACAUCAGAGUUCGCUCACUCGUCGAUACUUGCAUGUUCUUCAACACUGGGGUCUUCUUCAUCAGGCUCAAGGUUGUUGCGCUGCCAACCCUACUGGAAGGUCUGCCUGGUCCUUCGGCGCGCCAUCUGUCGGACAUCGAUCUGGCGUAUGGCAUAGUGGAGGAGUACCUUUCCCGCCACCGCUUCGUGGCGGCCGAUGACGUCACGCUCGCGGACUUGGCGCUGGCCAGCACCGCUGCUGCCAUGCAGGCUAUCAAGAAGAUUGAUGGGAACAGGUUUCCCCGUUGCGUGGCUUGGCUUGAGCGGUUAGAAAGGGAAGCUUGGUUCCGGGAACCCCACGCUACCUGCGUCGCCGCCUUCACCGAUGCAAUGGAGACUUUUUGGACGAAAAACAAGCAGUUAUAAAAAUAAACAAAGGUUCUCUGCUUAACCCAAUGGUAGACUGUUAGGUAAUGCUAUUAGCAUUAAGUCCGCCUAUUGUGUUUUACAAAUUGUAAAUGUUACAAUAAA